AUGGGCGAAGACAAGGGAUCCUCCGUGCAAUUUGAUGACUUCCUGCCAUCGAUGGCGAGGAAACUCGGCGUGGAGGGGCUGAUCGAGGAGCUUUGCAAGGGGUUCCAGCUGCUCAUGGACACCCAGACCGGCAAGAUAACCUUCCAGAGCUUGAAGAGGAACGCGGCCAGGCUGGGCCUCGGCGAGCUCCGGGAUGACGAGCUCCAGGAGAUGAUGAGGGAGGGGGACGUAGACGGUGAUGGCGUCCUGGAUCAGAUGGAGUUCUGCAUCCUCAUGGUCAGAUUGAGCCCUGAGCUGAUGGAGGAAGAGUCGUAUAGGAUGUUUGAAUGUUGAUGUAGUUUGAUACUUGUUAGUACUUUGCAUACAAUAGAGUAUAGUGAUCGCAAUCAAUACAUAGAUCAAGUGUUUCUGCA